AUGGGCGAGGGAAUUAGUGCUAGCUUAACACAAUCAUUCCGAGGUGCCUACACCUCCAGACAUUCACUCAGACUCUGUGAGGGUCGCGGGACACUGUCCAGUAUAGCUCAAUGGAUCGCUGAGGUGCGCAAACCGUCACACCACGGUAAGGUCCAGUUUCUUCGUGACGGACCACGAACCUUUCGGUCCGUAAGCUGGCGCCUUAACCACUGGGAUAUCUCGAUGGUGGUGAACCAUUCCCAACACUGCAACCCACAAUGGCGACAGAAAGCUUUUAUUCAGAGGGUGGGAGAGAUAUUCCAAUUCCGAAGAAAUUCUACUCUUCAGUGCCCAGUGCAACACGUGGGAGGAGGUGCUGUCAAACGGGUGCACGAAAGUGGCCCACAAAAUGACCUAGCAAACUAA